UUCUCCAUGUGAAUUAGGCCAUAUGGCCUUGUUAGCGUUUAACACUAUACUCCUUACAGGGAGCAUUCUGGUCCUAGUUUCCUGGUAGGUAAGAACCAUGCAGUAUCCCUCCACACAUCCCUGAUGUUUCUUUGGAUGUUACUCUGCAUUUUGAACCAUGCAGUAUCCCUCCACACAUCCCUGACAUUUCACUGGAUAUUACUCUCUUUGCAUUUCCCAACUUGAACAGUUUGACAGACAGCCCUGAUGUGCUGAAGUCCUUGAGAUUAUGAAGACUUUUAUAUUAGACUAAAUGGGUAAACAGCAACAACAAAGUCAAUGGUUCUUCACGUUGUACUUUUCUACCACAUUUCCAGUAUUUUAAAUUGCAUAAUAUUGUUUAUAAAUGGACUGGCUUUGUAUUUUGUGUCCUAGCCUUGCUGUUAUAUAUACUAUUUGGCCUGUACUGUUGAGCUUGUAUUAGUUGUGGAGCUUUUCUGUUAGUGCCUUUACUGAAGCAGGUAUUUUAUAGUUGGAAUUUCCCAUUAGAGGGUGGAUUAAAAGGUCUCUCUCAAAUUGUACAAAGAGCUUAUCGUUCAUGGUAGUUCUAUUCAUUUGCUGUGCUAGUGGAGCAAGCUAUUCAUUUGCUGUGCUAGUGGAGCAAGAAAAGAGAAAAUUUGUAUUACUUGUGAAUUUGCUGAGAAAGAGGUCUUCCAGUUGGGGGACAAGUCUGUACCUAAAUGAACCAGAUGCUGCCAGCCAGAGCCUACAUGAGAGUACAGAGAAUAAAUCAUUCUGUUGGACAUUUGUGAGAAAGCUUGCAAAAAAAGUAUACAUAUUUUGGAGGCGUUUGAUUCUGGAAACCUGAGUUGCUUUUUUGUGGGAGUCUGAAUGAUGUCCGAACAUGAUCUGGCGGAGGUGGUGCAGAUUGCAGUGGAGGACCUAAAUCCAGAUCAUCCAGUGCUAGAGAAUCACGAAACUGAUGAUGUGGAACCUGACCUGAAACGACAACGAAUUGAGAUAAACUGCCAGGACCCUUCCAUUAAGUCCUUCCUGUUCUCUAUAAAUCAAACAAUAUGUCUGAGGCUGGAUAAUAUUGAAGCAAAGCUACAAGCAUUAGAAGCUACAUGCAGAUCCUUAGAGGAGAAGCUAGACCUUGUUAUGAACAAGCAGCAAAGUCCUAUUCAGGUACCAAUGGUAGCAGGCUCUCCCCUUGGUGCAACUCAGACAUGGAAUAAAGUGAGGUGUGUGGUGCCACAGACUACAGUUAUACUGAAUAGUGAUCGGCAGAACUCUGUCUUAGCCAAGAUGGUUGGACAGGAGGAGACUUUGAGCAGAACUGCAGACCCCCUGGAAAGUAUUCUUAACAAUGCAAUUCCUGGCCGUAGGCAAAACACCAUUGUUGUAAAGGUUCCAGGACAUGAUGACAGCCAUAAUGAAGAUGGAGAGAGUGGGUCUGAGGCAAGUGAUUCUGUUUCUAGCAGUGGGCAUUCAGGAAACCAGAAUAUUGGAAGCAAUGUGACCCUUAUCACACUUAACUCAGAAGAGGACUUCCCAAGUGGCACAUGGCUUGGGGAUGAGAAUAACCCAGAAAUGCGAGUUCGCUGCCCUAUUACCCCUGCAGAUAUGAUACAUAUCAGUACUAACUGCAGAACAGCUGAGAAGAUGGCACUAACCCUCUUGGAUUAUCUUUUUCAUCGAGAAGUUCAAGCAGUUUCCAACCUAUCUGGACAGGGGAAGCAUGGAAAGAAGCAGCUUGACCCUCUUAUGAUCUAUGGUAUUAGAUGUCACCUUUUCUACAAGUUUGCUAUCACAGAAUCUGACUGGUACAGGAUUAAACAGAGCAUAGAUUCAAAAUGUCGGACAGCGUGGCGCAGAAAACAGAGAGGGCAGAGCCUGGCAGUCAAGAGUUUUUCCAAGCGCACACCAUCCUCUUCGUCUUACAGUGGGUCAGAGUGUUCACAGAAUACUGUUACUGCAGCUACUGAUAUCCAGCAGACCCAACCUCAGGCUCUUCACUAUGCACUAGCCAAUGCACAGCAAGUUCAAAUCCACCGGAUUGGUGAAGAUGGGCAAGUUCAAGUAAUACCACAGGGACAUCUUCACAUUGCUCAGGUACCACAGGGGGAACAGGUUCAGAUCACACAAGACAGUGAGGGAAACCUGCAGAUUCAUCAAGUACACGUUGGCCAGGAUGGGCAGGUACUACAAGGUGCUCAGUUGAUUGCCGUUGCCUCAGCUGAUCCAACAGCUACUGGUGUUGAUGGGUCUCCACUUCAGGGAAGUGAUAUCCAAGUACAGUAUGUCCAGCUUGCACCAGUAUCAGACCAUACAGUAACCGGUCAGACUGCUGAAACUCUUCAAGCCACCCUUCAGCCAGAGAUGCAGAUUGAACAUGGAGCUAUUCAGAUCCAGCAAGGAGAAAAUGGAGAGGUGGUACAGAUCCAAAUGCCAGUUAGUUCUGUCAACAGUUAGAAAAUAACUUAAAGUGUUUCAGAUCGUGGAUCUGUAAUAAUGGAAACGAUACUAUGUAUUGGCACCGAGUAUCAGUGCAGAAAUUACCAUCAUCAAUGACACAGGAGACUUGAAGGAACUUCUAGCUACACUUGAUCCAGCUAUAUUUUUGUGUAUGCUUAUCCCAACAUGAUGAAACUGAUGAGCGUAAAUUUCCGAAUAGUCUAUUAUACUAAGGCAUCAACAUGACCACGUAAAGAUGUAGUCAUCAAAGAAGGGCGAAGUUUAUCAGUGGGACAUUUUCUUAAUAAUGCUAUGCAGUGCUGUGACUGAUGUGGUAUUGAACAGGAGUGCAAACUUACAGUGGUUGAAACUUAAGUAUUCUUUAUCUUUGUGCAAGAGUAGUACAGGAACAAAAGAAAUGAGAAACAUAAAUCAAUUUAAUUUUACAGCAACAUUUACAAUCCUGCAUUCAGCUUUUGCACCAGUUUCAAAGGAAGGGUUUGGGGAAUGUACUUCCUGAAGCAUAUAGGAAUUAUUAGUUUGUCAGUUUGAUUAGUUGCCUCUUUAUCAGUGAGAAAAAAAUAGCAUUCUGAAUUGGAGUUUAUAUUUUACAGUGAUAAAGUUGCAGUUUAUCAGUGAAGCUAUAAGAAGUUUACAGUAUGCAGUGUACAUGAAGCCUGUGGAAUGCAUUGUGCAGGUUUUUCUGUUCUAUUAGUCAAGAUGAUCAUUUGCGUUUUUUGCAGAUGGCAGCUGUGAUGUUGUGUGUAUUGCUGCUUAAAUCCCUGUUUUCUAGGAAGAAAAAGUGAAUUAAAUCCUAUAGUUACAUAUUUCUUAUGACUAAUAAAAUGUGUAUAGCACAGUAAAACAUUCA